AUGGCGAAAGAAGAUAAGGGAGCUGCAGUGGUGCCACCACCCAUCGGCAGAGGAGUCCUUGGCCAUGAAUCGGUUCACGCUGGCUGGAUCUCGAGGGCCUCGAUGGUCGAGAGGGAGACGAAUGCAUCGAUAUCUGGCGUCAGCUAUGAGCUGUAUCUUGACGACUGCCGACGGUUCCGCAUUGUGGACGGAAUUUCGCCAAUUGAGGACUGCCAGGGGCGAUACCAGUCCACGGAGGUCAUAUCUCUCGUAAAGAGCGUAAUUCUGGCCGCUUUGAUCGCUCAGGGACGGGGAGUCAGGGGUUUGCAUGCAGAGAUACGGAGCAGUGGAUCUUCCAAACGGGACCGAGAACCAGGAAGCGAGACAUCUUUUCCCAUGGCGCACGUUAGGACGGAGGAACAACCUGUUUGGCCAGCAAGGCAUUUCGAACCCUCAAACGUCCCCCUGGUUCGCGUUCUGUGCGUGGAGCCUGUGUCUCGAGCUAAGAGAUGCGGAUUCAAUCCAGCAGCGCACAAAGAUGGCAUGUUGAGUGACAAUGGCCUUUGA